GUGGCCCGGAACCAGUAGCCUUCUCUUCUGAAUCUGAUUGCAUAUAUAAGUCAAUCUUCUACAUCUCAACCAGGAGCAACAGCUAGCUAGAAGGAAGAACCAGAUAUUAUUAAUCAAAGCAUCAAUGACCAACCUUUCUGCAAAGAUACUACCACUAUUGUUCUACCUGCUGCUACUCUGUUUGCUAAUUACAACAAGAUCAGAUGCGGCGAAUGAAGAGAAGCAUUGGUGUGUGGCUGAUGAACAAACACCGGAUGAUGUGCUGCAAAAGGCACUUGACUGGGCUUGUGGAUUUGGUGGAGCUGAUUGCAAAAUGAUCCAGAAGAACAAAGAGUGCUUUGUUCCCAACACUCUCAAGGACCAUGCCUCCUAUGCCUUCAACAGCUACUGGCAAAAAUACAAGCACCAAGGUGGCUCAUGCUACUUUGAUGCUGCUGCAAUGGUCACUGAUCUUGAUCCAAGUCAUGGAUCAUGCAAGUAUGAGACACUUCCUUGAUUGAGGAGAUCUCUAGGGGGCCAUAUCUCUCUCCAUCCAAUUCUAUUUAUUAGUUGUGCAAUGAUGUAUACUUUGGUGGUUUACUUUUCCUUGCAACAAGUCAUCAUACUUGGGUGUUAUUAUCUUGUGUUGACUUGAUGAUAACAGAGUGUGGUGUUUCUACUUGUAUUUCUUGAACAAUGGACAAAAUCAUGUUUCUUGAUGAGGAA